AUGGCCCGACGCAAACUUCCCCGCUUUGCCAGUCCCUCUGCCCUGCUGAUGACCCUGGUCCUCCCCCUUCGCCGCUUCCUCCUCGUCGGCCCGCUCCCCGACGCCUUCCUUCUCGCGAUGGUGAUCGCUGGGAUGCCUGAGCUGUCGCCAGUGCGCGCUGCCGUUGGGUCAGUGGUGCGCGGAAUGUCGCCUCCGGCGACUGCAUCGGCAAUCGUCGCGGCGAAGCCGCCAUUGCCGCCUGCCCUGAAAACCGUGUCGUCGCCAGCUCGGGGGCCUGCGGCAGCAAAUCGUGAGUCCCACGCUGCAGCGUCGCAUCCGGCUGCUGUGGUCGCUCCUCUCGCUCCUGGUUGCCAGGAGCCUGAGCACGUGGCACCUGCUGCGGUUGUUCCGCCACCAGUUUCCCCCGUCCUUGCCGCUCCGAUUGUCGCCGCUGCCCCUGCUGCUCAUGGCGGCGACUUGGUGCUAGCGGCGGUGUCCGCCACCACUGGCGGCCAGGCCCCGGCGGUGGUGCACGCCGAGGCUGUUCAUUGCCCCUCGUCCUUCUGUCUCCCUGCUCCUUAUUCGUCCCUUCUGCCUGGCGAUCCCGCUCCACAUGCUGCUGGCGCUGCACAGCCGUUCCAGGCAUUUGUGGGUUCUCUUCGCGCGGCAGAGGUCCCGGAGGCGAUCCUUGGGCAGCUGUGGCGCCUCUGCGAGGUGUUGCGGGCUGUUCAUCUGAUCCAGAUGUAUGGUCACGCUGGUCUCUCUCGUGGGAACUCCCUGGAUGACGGUUCCCGGGAUGAGUGA